CCACUACCACCACCACCACCGCCGCCAACACCAACACAACACGACCAUCCUCACCAUUUCAAGCCACCCUAGAGAAUACGGAUACGAUGACAACUAGACCUCCAGAUGGUGGAGGCACCAUCGAUAACGACACAUCUGAUGGCGGCCCUCCCAGAACGCCAACAUCUCGUGUUCGCCAUGACGGUACGACCUCGCCCUUCGGCGAUUCUCCGUCUCCCUCGCAGAUACUAGCCUCGAUGCGACUCACCCUCCCCGUCGGCUCACCCUUAGCAAGACAUUCCCCGUCUCGCAAUUCGCACAGAACGCCCGACCGCUUCAUACCCUCUACCACAAGCCGUCACAGCUUCCGGAUGGGUGCCCCUGCCGAGAACCUUUCCCCAGAGGCGCGGCUUCUCCGCCGCCACAUUCCCGACACCACCGGUAACCAACAGCGUAGUAUGUCACCGGAUACGUCGGCCAUCGAGCGUGCCCGUGUUGAGGCUGCGAGAGGUAGUCCGUUGAACAGGAGGCUCUCCACUGGCACUAUCGGUGUCUUCGGGAUCGGAUUGGGACACAGCAGUCCGGUGGACCCUACGGCGCCGCCGCAGAGACAGAGGGGACGUGAGAUCAAUGGUGGAAUCCUGGACAAUAGAAGAAAUCCAGAGAAGGAAAAGGAGGAGCUUGCGUUGAGGAUCUCCGCUGCUCUUGGAGUUGACCGAAACCGUAAGGUCCUGAGAUUCAAUGGCGUGUACGAGCAUGAUGCCACGGGCAUAAUUCAUCGGGGCGGUCUGCCUGGAAACCCCGGCUUCGGCAGCUCAAACAUCAGACUGUGGGACUCGGUGAUCGGACUAGACGAUGACGGAUUCCCGAAGCCUCCCUCUGCAAGCAAGAAGCAUCGCCGUAUCGUCCCGACUACUCCGUUCCGUGUUCUGGAUGCUCCCGGUCUUAGGGACGACUACUACUGUAGUCUGAUAGCUUACAGCGCGGCCUCCCAUUCUCUCGCAGUGGGCCUUCACAGCGACGUGUACAGUUGGGAGGAAGACACUGGAGCUCGACCAUUGGCGCAUUGGUCGAAUGCACACGUAACAUCGUUGGCGUUCUCAUGCGAGCAGGCAAACAACGACAUUCUUGCGAUCGGCCGCAUCAAUGGCUCGCUCACCCUGUGGUCUCCCAGCGAACUGCGUCCAAGGCUUAACCAGCUGCACACGUCUAGCAUUGCGUGCCUGGCUUGGAAGCCGAGGGUUUCUCCCCGCCAGCGCAAAGAUAACCUGCCGGUCGUUUUGGGACCCGGCGUGGGUUUUACCGAAGACCUGCUCGUUGGAGACGAAGUCGGAAAUGUGUUCCUCUACAAGGUGGAAUGGGGCAGAUGGGACCACGAUAUGCACCUUCAUCCGCCUAAUGCGACCAUGAUCUUGAUGCGCCGUAUCAUCGUGCACAGCCAACAGAUCUGCGGACUCGCGUGGAACGUGGACGGAAGCCAGUUCGUCACCGGUGGAAAUGACAACGUCGCCUUUCUAUUCACGACCACGGAGAUGGAAGGCACCAGGAACCAGCAUGGAUAUCUUGAGCCCAAUGCCCAGAUGACGAUCUAUGGCGGUGACAAACAUCGCUGGCAGCAUAGCGCCGCUGUCAAAGCCAUCGCAUUCUGUCCCUGGCAAAAGUCCCUCCUCGCAACUGGCGGCGGCAGUAACGAUCGUUGCAUCCACUUCUUCCACACGGGCUCAGGCGCCACCCUCAGCACGAUCAACGUAGCCGCGCAAGUCACCUCCCUCCUCUGGUCGACCAACCACCGUGAGAUCGCCGCGACGCUGGGCUACGCCAACCCGGACCACGCGGUGCGCAUCGUCGUGUACUCCUGGCCGCAAUGCCAACAAGUCGUGCAGGUCCCAUGGCAGGAGGACAUGCGCGCCUUAUACGCGGUCGCAUACCCAGGAGGUCCCCACGCCGACCGCCUGCUUCGCCAGCUGGGGGGUGCCAGGAAACCAAAGAGGAAGCAGAGCCGCCAUCCUGAGGGCUGCAUCGUCGUUGCCGCGAGCGAUGAGACUGUGCGCUUCCAUGAGAUUUGGGGCGCUGACAGAAGGGUCGUCAUGCAGAAACAGGGCGUCCUCGGGGGCAGCGCUAUCCUGGAGGGCCUUGAGGGCAUUGAGGGCGAUGGUGAGGAGACGAUUCGUUAG